UAUCUGAUGUUGCUAUCUGUCAAAAAUUUGAAAUUUCUAACCUAAAAAUUUCCAAUCACGUUGUUUAGAAUUUUCACAAAAAUCGUGUAAAGCCCAAAAUGGCAUACAAUUUCAACAAAAGUGCUAAAAGUCUAAAGCGAGAGCAUGAUUCUGAGGCAUUUUCAUCACCUGAGAAAAAGUUAAAAUUGACCAGGAGCGAAAGCCCCCCGAUUUUUCCUGUAGAGGUUAAAGAGGAAAUUUUAAGCAGUGGUGAGAAAAUGAAAAAGAAAUGGGAACUCAAUUUUGAACCAGUAGUGACUGUUUCACAUAAAAAAUCCAAAAUGAAGAAUCAUGCUUCUGAUGGGAAUAUCUCUGAUACUCACGUGCGAAGCCUUUUCCAAGAAUUACCGUUUCAAGAAGUCGAAAACCAUUCAGGUGAUGACUUAAUUAAAACUGGGAAAAAAAGGAAGAAAAAAGAACAUAAUACUUUUGAAGAAAAAGAUUUGAGUGAUGAACCGUUUAAAGUUAAAAAGAAAAGGGAAAAAUUGCUUGAAGUUUCGGAACAACAUACGAAAAAACAUAAGAAGAAAAAAGAGGCGCAUGGCGAAGAAGUGGAGGAAGAAUUUCCUACAGACAGAAUGAACAAAGAAAGUUUUACUGAUAGUGACAUCAAAAAUUACGGAAAGGAGUCUAAAAAGAAAAAGAAGCAAAAACGGAAUCACGAUGAUAUUGGAAUAUCAAGUGAUUAUUCUAUCAAUGAAGAUAAUGCAAAUGAAGUGGAGCAAGCUAAACUAAAAAAACAUACAAAGCAAAAUAAUUUAAAUAACGAAAAUGCAUCAAAAGAACGAAAUAUUUGGAAAAAACCAGCAAAUGGUAUUACGGAAACACGCACUGACGUACGAAGUCUUUUCGAAGAAUUACCGUUUCAAGAAGCAAAGAAAAUUGAGAAGAAAAAGAAGAAACACAACACGGAAGAAAAACAUUUUGCUGAUGAUGAAACAUUUAAAGUUAAGAAGAACAAUGAAAACUUGCUUAUUGUGGAAGAACGUAAGAAAAAACUCAAGAAGAAAAAAGAAGUGUACGGUGAAGAAGCGGAAGAUAUGGAAAAUUUCCCUACGGAGAAAAUAAAGAGAGAGUUUUUUACUGAUAGUGAUAGCACGAGUUAUGGAAAAGAGCCUAAAAAGAAAAAGAAGGAAAAAACGAACCGCGAUGAUAGUGAAAGUGAUAGAUUGCUUGUUGAGGAAGAACAUAAGAAAAAACAUAAGAAGAAAAAAGAAGUGUAUGGUGAAGAAACGGAAAAAUUCGCUACGAAGAAAAUGAAGGAGACUUUUACCGAUAGUGAUAGCACAAGUUAUGGAAAAGAGCCUAAAAAGAAAAAGAAGGACAAAUGGAACCGCGAUGAUAGUGAAAUGUCGACUGAUUAUUCCAUCAAUGAUGAGAAUUUAAACGAAACGGAAAUUUUUACAACGGAACCGACUAAACAUAAGAAACAUAAAAAGAAAAAUCAUUCAAUUGACGAAAAUGGAGAAAAUGCAUCCAAAGAAACCGAAGUUCAAAAGAAGAAGAAACACAAACAUAAAUACCAAGAAUUACCUAUUCAAACUUUAAGUAGGUCAUUCCAGAAUAAUUCUAAAGACGACGAUAAAAAUUCGAGAAAGGAAUCUGAAAAUUUGCAAACAAUUCCCGAAACAUCGGCGCUCCCUAAAGAAGUAGAAAAUUGUCAGAAAUCGCCAAUAAGGCACAAACAUUCCGAACUUGAAGUGUCUAACUCAGGAGACGAAAAUUCCAAAACCAAAAAGACGAAACCUCAGUUACUUGCUGAAAAUUUGAAAACUGAAAAUUUAUCGAUUGAUGAUUUGCUGCUACAUCAUUCUGUAGAUAUUAAAAGCAUGGAUAUGGAAUACGAAAUUCCAGAAAUUCAACAUGAAUCGAGAAAAUUUGAAGAAAGUGACCAAGUAAACAAUUCUGUGGCUAGUAGGUCAGAAAAUCCUCGAGAAUCGCUUGAAAAUGUUAAAAAUGAGUCGUCUGAUUCGGCAUUGGACGUUUCUGAAGGUCCUGAAAACAACAAAUGUAAACACAAGAAGAAAUUCAAUACUGACGGUUCUGAGGAAAAAUUUAAUACGAGGGAGUUGUGUUUACAAAAUAGCGAAUCAGUCGAUAUAGCUUUUGAUGACAUUUUGGAAGAUGAAAAAAAAUUAUUGACUGCGGAAGAGCGUAAGAGAUUGACGGACCUCAGCGUGCUUCUACCAUGGCCAGUUCAUCCAUUACACAUGGUAGAAACACGGAUAGCUGGAAGGCCAUCAAAGGAUCAAUGGAAUAUAAUUUAUGCCAGGGGUUUCAAACUGAAACAGGGAAUUUACAGUAAAUCUGAAGACGACAUUAUUAGGAGAAAUUGGGAACACUUUUGUAAACUUCACGAUAUGCCUUUAGACCCUAAAUAUUUUCUACGUUUAGCUACUCCAGAAAGGGAAAUUCUUAUUCCAGUCAAAGAAAGAAUAAGAUUUGUCCAAUUUCUAGCACACGGACUGCCUAAUCGCUUAUUGUGUUCUGUAUAUAAGAGGUUUCAGAGAUUGUUUUUCCCAAAAGAGAUUAUAACUGGAAGGUUUGAGCCAAGGGAAGAUAAGGUUAUUCUGGACUAUUUGAAAACAUGCAAAUCGGAAACACCAUUCUCAGAUCUAGCGAAAAUCCUAAAUCGGGACAGACUUGCGAUUGAGAAAAGGAGCAGGAAGUUAAAAUACAUCAACGAAGGCAUAACUGAGGUCAAGUGGACGGCGGAUAAAAUAGCCGAAUUUAUGCAACACUUUGUUGAUGUUACGAAAGUCGACAGUGUUGACGAGCUGGAAGACAGGCAUAUCAGUGUUGAGGAGUGGAAGGAAAUGUCUGCUAGGAUGAAUCUACCGAGUAUUAAGCUGCGGCCUGCGUGGUUUGUUAGAAUAUACCCUCGCAUCUUCAUCCACCGCAGUGUUAAAAUGAACGUUGUUAAGAUACUUUUGAUUGACGUCUUAAUCGAAAAGGGGAAAACUGACUGGAGGGAUGUCAACUGGGAAGAAAUUGCUGAAGAAUUUGACGGUUUCAACGGACAAGCCUUGAAUAAAAUCAUGAAGGAACUUGUUAGAAACUACGUUCCUUUAAGUCAACGAAGUGAUUUAGGAGAAUGUUUAAAGUGCCUGGAGAAGGAAAAAACGAGAAUUCGUGGACUAAAAAUGCGAAAAAUAGAUAUUAUAGAUGGUUGAAAUUUGAAUAAAAUUAAGUUACGUCAUAAAAA